AUGCGAAAAAUCUGGGUAGAUCAAAAAUUUUUUGGUCAAAAAUAUAGAUUUUUGGAGAUUUUUGGAGGUCUACAAAUUUUCUUCACAAUUUUCAGCCAAUUUCUGAUAAAUUCCCAAAAUUUUUCCCAGUUUUUUCCAGAAUUUAUUGCCAGAUUGUUAGAAUUGUUGGUGAUCUUCUUGAAAAUCUGCAAAAAAAUAUGUAAAAAAUGUUUUUUUCCUUGAUUUUUUCUCUCAAAUCCCAUUUUUCCAAUUUUGUCUUUUCGAUUUUAAGCCCAAAUUCCUUAAAUUUCCUUCUUUCCCUUUCAAUUCGCUUUUUUUUUCAAAAAAAAAAAACGAAAAAAAAAUUUCGUGCGUAAAUCGACACCAGGAGACGUGGUCUAGUUUCCCGUUGGUUUUCUAGGCCACGUCCACACAUUUCAGGUUUUUUUGUGGGCGCGCGCGCUAGCUAAAUUUAGUGGCGGACUAACGUUUUGACGUGGCCGUGGAAGAGAAAUCCAAACAAAAAUAAUUUUUUGUUUUUUUUCGCGAAAAGUUUGUUUUUUUGUUUUCCGCCGGAUUUUUGAGUGAGAAUUAUACAAAAUGAUGAGUUUUUUCAGGAAAAAAUCUUCGAAGAUGCUUUGAAACUCCAAAAGGUAAGACUUUUUUUCGGAAAAUCGAAGGGAAAAAGAAAAAUAAAGAGAAGGACAGCUGAAUCUCAAGAAAAUCGAAAAAAGCAAGCAGAUGGCGUCUAAACUAGCGCGGUGCAGAUGUCAAAACCAAAAAAAUUUUAGUAUUAUUUUUCUCGCCGCGCAGCUGGAAAAAUAUACUAUAAUUAAUGACUAACAUUGUGUUUCCUGUUUUUUUCAAGAAAAAACAAAAAUAUGUUUUGAUCUAUGCCACUGCCACCUAAAAUAUCCACGUCCCUUCAAAGUGCAUCGCAACUUUUCCUGGAAAUUUAUGUGUUGAUACGUGGAAGUGUCCAGGAAUUGAUAAAAAAACAUUUUUCGACUGGUUAUCAGCGAAAUUAUGGGGUGAAACAUUUUUCGAGAAAUGAUAACGCACGAUUUUUCGGAGAAUGUUUUCUUGAAACUGAAAAAUAUAGGUAGAGGUCCAAAAAAAUCGAAAUUUUCAAUAAAAUACAUGUUUUCUAGUGGUUUUCACUGCAAAGCUCAACUCCUAACAUGAGUUAUGACGUGGCAAAGUUGGAAAAGGGAAGUUUAGGAGCUGGAAAACUAUGCUUCAGCUCCUAAAAUUUGAAAUUUUCCAACUUUGCCACGGCAUAACUCAUAUUAGAAGUUGAGUUUUGAAAUUUUAGGUCGAAAACUACUAGAAAACAUAUAUUUUAUUGAAAAUUUCGAUUUUUUUGGACCUUUACCUAUAUUUUCAGUGUAUUUUUCAAAAACUCCUGCCAAAUUUUUUGAAUAUUUAUUUUUAUUGAAAAUCUCGGUCGAAAAAAAAUAAAAUUUUCGACGAAAAAUUAUAUUUUUUUCUAUUUUUUGACAUUUUUGGGUGGAAAAAUGGGAAAAGAUAUAGUUUUUUGUCAAAAAUUGUUUUUUUCCGACUUGAAUUGGAAAAUAAUUGCAUAAAUAUUUAAUUUCAAUUAAAAAAUGUCCAAUUAUUUUUUUUUGAUCGCGUGACCUUUUCAAAUAUUUCCCUCUCAUUUCUCACUCCUAAAUUGUAUUUUUCAAAAAAUGUGAACCCAUAUUUAAUUGGGGCUGAUUCACGAACGAAAAAAAUGUUUUUUUUUAACAUUGAAAGAUAAAUUCACGAAAAGUCGAAAAAUGUCGAAAAAACAUCGUAGGUCAAAAUUAGUUUUUCGAGUUUUUCAGCCAAAAAUGAUGACAAAUCGAUAUUUUUCAAGCUUCUGAAGUAAUUUCUGAUGAAAAUAAACUUCGAGAACCCUAUUUUGCUUCAUUUUAUGAAUUUUUUUCGUAAUUCAUCAGCAAAACCUUCUGGAAAAUGAACUCCAAGGUCAAUUUUAAUCAGAAAUUACUCCAGAAGCUUCAAAAAUAUUGAUUUGUCAUCAUUUUUGGCUGAAAAACCUUGAAAAACUAAUUUUGACCUACAAUGUUUUUUCGACAUUUUUUGACUUUUCGUGAAUUGAUCUUUCAAUGUUAAAAAAAAACAUUUUUUUCGUUCGUGAAUCAGCCCUUUUAAAAUGUGAUUAUCAGUAUCAGUAAGUGAAAUUUUCCGAAAUUUUCCAUCUAAUUGACACAUUUUGAUCUCCAAUCAAUAAUUUAAACAGGAGCAAAAUUGACCUUCACAAACACACACACAAAACUGUCAUGUUUUGUUUCAUUUCCCGUUUCAUUUCAACACAUUUUUGUUAUUAUUGAGCGCUUUUUUGUUGAGAGCGCUGCUGUGUUCUACUUUUUUAGGUCAUUUUUCUCUUUUCUCUCCGCUCAUCGAUCUUUUUUUCCCGUUUUUUUCGCUUCCUUUCUGUUCUCUCAGUGUUUUUUUCUAAUUUUUUCGCUCUCAAAUAAAAAUUAAAGGAACAUAUCGUAUACUACCUGCAUAUCUAAGUAACUCGCCCAAUUUCUUCUCGAGUUAGAUGUGCAGGUGGUAUACGGUAUGUGUUUUGGACACUGAAAAAUAUCAAAGAACCCCUGUUCUAGUGUGAAAAUUUCGUGCAAAAAUGGAGAAAGAUAAGGAAAAUGUCCAGCGAUCAAUCAUUCUCGAAAAAAACCCCGAAAAGUAUUAAUUUUUUUCGUGUUCUUCGUUUUUUGUCUAAUUUUAAAAUGGCGUGAUUAAGUAACUUUUAUAGAUUUUUUUUGUUAUUUUCAGAUGGUACUUCGAGACUUGAACGAGGAGCCGUUCUACUUGAAGAUCGAUGGAAAAUGGGUUUAUGUGGAUGAGGAGGUUUUAAAGGCGCAUCCGGGUGGAAGUGCCAUUACGACAUAUAGGAAUAUGGAUGUGAGUGCAACCCUGGCACACUUUUUUUAGCGCGCGAAGGUUGCCGAAUUCAGAUAUUUCGUCAUUUCUUCUACAUACCGUGUAUCUAGAUGAAUAUUUUGUACAGAAAAACGUGGAAAAUAUAUAUUUUUGAUUAGAGACAACGUGGAAUUGAGAGAGUGCAGACAUAUUAUCGAAAAUCUCACGCGCUCCACCGAAAUAAACACGCAACGCAGACCGCGCCGCGCCACAACACACAGAAAAGGGAGGGAAUUUGAAUCGUUCCCCUAUUUGUGUGUGUAGUGGCGCGGCGCGGUCUGCGUUGCGUGUUCAUUUCGGUGGAGCGCGUGGUACCGAUGAGAUUUUCGAUAAUACUUCGUUAGUCGCGUGCGGCUAUGCGUCGCGGUCGAAAAAUAAUCAAUAAUCCUUUGUUUUUCGACCGCGACGCAUAGCCGCACGCGACUGACGAAGUAAGGAGUGCCACAUUUUUCAACUUCGACAAUAUCUAGAAAAACCAAUUUUAUGUCUGCACUCUCUCAAUUUCACGUUGUCUCUACUCAAAAUGUGUUUUUAUUACAAAAUUUUCAUCUAUUUACACGGUGUGCAGAAGAAAUUACGAAAUAUUUGAAUUCGGCAACCCUGGCACACUUUUUCACACAACAAAAAGCGCGCGAGAUUUUCCGAAUUCAAAUAUUUCGUGAUUUCUUCUACACACUGUGUAAAUAGAUGAAAAUUUUGUAAUAAACAUACAUUUUUGAGUAGAGACAACGUGGAAUUGAGAGGGCGCAGACAAAAUAAUUAGUUUUCUGUCUGCACUCUCUCAAUUUCACGUUGUCUCUACUCAAAAUCUGUUUUUAUUACAAAAUUUUCAUCUAGAUACACAGUGUGUAGAAGAAAUCACGAAGUUUUUGAAUUCGGCAACCCUCGCGCGCUUUUUGUUCUUUGAAACAACGAGACUCCGCAAUAACGCCACGUGUACAUAUUUUGCAGGCCACAACAGUGUUCCACACAUUUCACACGGGCUCUAAACCAGCCUAUAAAUGGCUAACCGAACUCAAAUCAAAAUGUCCAACACAAACGCCAGAAAUUGCAAAAAUUCGCGAUGAUAACACGUUGAAAGGAUUUGAUGAUGUGAAUAUCGGAACUUUCGAUAUCACACCACAAAGAUCCGAGCAGAUUUCGAAGAAUUUCGAAAAAUUGCGCUUAAAAGUGAGAGCUGAAGGAUUGAUGGAUGGAAGUGCUUUAUUUUAUAGCAGAAAGGUUGGAGAAUAAUUGAUGGAUGUUUGUGUGCGCGGCGCGGUCGCGUUGCGGUCGAAAAUGUUGUUUUUCACAAUUUUUGCUGAAAAUAACAUUAGUGAAACAAAAAAUGAGCGAUUUUUGUUGUUUUUCGCGAAAUUCGGUCAUUUUUUGGCUCAUUGGUGUUAUUUUCAACAAAAAUUGUGAAAAUAUUAACAUUUUUCAACAAAAUUGUGAAUUAUAGUCCGGAAACACUUAAAAUAUUCAAUUUUGUUCAAAAAUGUGAAUAUUUUCACCAUUUUUGCUGAAAAUAACAUUAGUGAAACAAAAAAUUAGCGAUUUUUGUUGUUUUUCACGAAAAUCGCUCAUUUUUGUUUCACUGAUGUUAUUUUCAGCAAAAAUGGUGAAAAUAUUCAGAUUUUUGAACAAAAUUGAAUAUUUUAAGUGUUUCAGACUGAAAACUAACCUAUAAUAUUCAAUUUUGUUUCGAAAAUGUGAAUUUUUCACCAUUUUUGCUGAAAAUAACAUUAGUGAAACAAAAAAUAAGCGAUUUUUGUUGUUUUCCAUGAAAAUCGCUCAUUUUUUGUUUCACUAAUGUUAUUUUCAGCAAAAAUGGGGAAAAUAUUCACAAAUUGAAUAUUAUAGGUGUUUUAGACUGAAAACCAACCUAUAACAUUCAAUUUGUGAAUAUUUUCACAAUUUUUGCUGAAAAUAACAUCAGUGAGCCAAAAAAUUAGCGAUUUUUGUUGUUUUUCACGAAAAUCGAGCAUUUUUUGUAUCGCUGAUGUUAUUUUCAACAAAAAUUGUGAAAAUAUUCACAAAUUGAAUAUUUUAGGCUUUUCCGAACUGAAAACUACCCUAUAAUCUUCAAUUUUGUUUAAAAAUGCAAAUAUUUUCACCAAAAAAUGACCGAAUUUCGUGAAAAACAACAUUUUCCAAUGAAAAAAAUAUUGAUUUUCGACCGCAACGCGACCGCGCACGCGCACACAAACAUUCAUCAUUAAUUUUCGGGAUUAAAACAAGCUAAAAAUACGAAAAUCUUCCAGAUAAUUGAGCCGGUAUUGACAAUCGGUUUAGCAAUGUAUUUACAAUAUCAUGGAUAUUAUUUGAUAGCCGCUGUUUUGAUGGGUAUUGCUUGGCAACAAUUAGGUUGGAUGGUGCACGAAUUUGCACAUCAUCAGAUGUUUAAAAAUCGAUAUUUUAAUGAUUUGGCAAGGUUGGUGAGGUUUUUUGAGAUGAAAAAUUGGAAAUUUUGCGAAAAAUCGAUUUUCCUGUCCAAAAAUGGAGGAUUAUUCACUGAAUUAAAGGAACACACCGUAUAAAUACCACCUGCGCAUCUAACUCGAGAAGAAAUUUGACGAGUUACUUAGAUAUGCAGGUGGUAUACGGUAUGCUCCUUUAAUCCACAUAUCUAGAUUUCCUCUGAAAAUUGAUGAGAAAUUCAUAAUUUUUGAUGAAUUCUCCCCAAAUUUAUUUUUGAGUAGAGACAAUGUGAAAUUGAAAGAGUACAGACAGACAAAUUGAUUUUUCGCACAAAAAAUACAAAAAACUAAUUUUUAUGUCUGCACUCUCUCAAUUUCACGUUGUCUCUACUCAAAAAUGUUUAUUUUGUUUUUCCAAAAUAAAAAAAAAUUGAAUUUUUCUCUAAAUUUCAUUGGAGCGCAUUUUCUCUCCCAAAAAAGAUAGGUUUUAAAUUGAAAAUUUGAAUUUACCAAGUUUCCCGCCUAUUGUUGAUAGAGCGCACUUGCUCACUUUUCAUCAAAAAAAUUGAAUUUCCCAUUUUCGCGUCUUAGUAGCACUAGAGCGCACUUGCUCAUUUUUCAACUGAAAGUUGAAUUUUCUAAGUUUCUCGCCUUAUUAAAGACACAUAAUCCACUAGAAAUGAACAGAAAAUGAGUUUGUUAUUAUUUCAUAACACCUUUCAAGUAAUGGGAAUUCAUAAAAAUCAAGAAAAAAUUUUGAGUCUGGCAAAAGUGAAAAAAACAAAAUAAUUGUUUUUGAAAUCGCUCAGCCGACGGGAUUUUCGAAAGAGUUUGCACACAACGAAGCAAUAGAGCGCACAUGCUGUUUUUGUCAUUCGAAAAUAAAUGCGGGAAAUCUGUUUUUUCCAGUGGCUGAUGUGUCUUUAACACUAGAGCGCACAGGGGUUUUAUUACUACCGAGAAUUAAUCACGUACAAAACAUUUUAUCUGACGACAAAAAACCUCCGCAAACAGCACGCUACGUGGCCGACAAAAAAACAAUAGCGUGUGGCCGGCCUCGCGAGAUGUCGGUCGCUGCAAACACACAUAUAGCCCGACUUUUUUCUUAUUAUUUGUGUGUCUUUUGAGCCAAAGGGUUUUCAAUUUUCUUUUUGAAAAUCUGAAAACCUAAGCUCCGCCCACAUGUCUGUGCGGAAAAAGAUGGGCGGAGCCUAUUUGCUCGAUUACAAUUUUGCAUUGACUCGGUAGUAAUAAAACCCCUGUGAGAGCGCACUUGCUCAUUCUUCAUCAAAAAUUUGAAUUUACUAAGUUUCCCGCCUUAUUAGCACUAGAGCGCACUUUCUCACUUUUCAAAAAAAAUUUGAAUUUUUAUGGAAAAAUAUGUUUUUUUUCAAAUAUUAUUCUGCAUAGGCCCAUAACUCAUAGAAUUUUCCAAUUUUUCCAGUUAUUUCGUCGUAAAUUUCCUUUUUUCCGGACCGCGAGGGCAUAGCCGCACGCGACUGACGAACUAACGUCAUAAGAUUCCACGUGGAUUUUUCCCGAACGGAAAAAAAACCAAUUUUUCCGCACAUAACUCAUAGAAUUUUCCAGUUAUUUCGUCGGAAAUUUCCUGCAAGGCUUCUCAUCGGGCGGUUGGAAAGAACAACACAACGUGCAUCACGCCGCAACAAAUGUAGUGGGAAAAGACGGUGACUUGGACCUAAUGCCAUUCUACGCGACAGUCGCACAAGAUCUAAAAAUGGCCGACAGCUGGCUACUCUCAAUGCUUCGCUAUCAACACAUUUAUUGGACAGUAAUGCUACCAUUGCUCAGAUUAUCGUGGCUUUUUCAAUCGAUAAUGUUUGUCCGCGCAAUGCCCACACAUUUCUACAAAUACUAUCGAGACACGGCGAUUUAUGAGCAAAUUGGAUUGGGCCUACAUUGGACCUAUGUGUUGGCACAAUUGUAUUGUUUGCCGGAUAUGACAACGAGGUUGUGGUUCUUUUUUGUUUCGCAAUUGGUUGGCGGGUUUUUGCUGGCUCAUGUCGUCACUUUUAAUCAUUAUUCUGUCGAGAAAUUUACACGUGAGCGUUUUUUUUUUUGGUUUCCCCCCUGUCUAAAACCGUGUUUUUUUUCCAGUGAGCUCGAAUAUUAUGUCGAAUUUCGCGUGCCUUCAAUUAUUCACAACUCGAAACAUGAGACCUGGCACAUUUAUUGAUUGGUUGUGGGGUGGAUUGAAUUAUCAGGUGAGGAAUUUUAAAGGAACAUACCGUACUACCUGCGCAUCUUACUCGUCCAUUUGAAGAUUUGUGGCUACUUGCUAUAGUUGUCCACUAGAGGCGGCUCCUUAUCACACUUACUCUCUAGCAGCGGCUCCUUGUCAGAGCUGCUCUCUAGGCGCGGCUCCUUGUCAGAGCUUCCUUCUAGGCGUGGCUCCUUGUCAGAGCUACCCUCUAGCAGCGGCUCCUUGUCAGAAUGGCUCUCUAGAGGCAACUCCUUGCCAUAGUACCUCUCUAGGCGUGGCUCCUUAUCACACUCACUCUCUAGCAGCGGCUCCUUGUCAGAACUUCCUUCUAGGCGCGACUCCUUGUGAAAGCUUCCCUCUAGCAGCGGCUCCUUGAGACACUUACUUUCAAGCAGCGGCUUCUUGUCAGAACUACCCUCUAGCAGUGGCUCCUUGACACAGUUUUUUGGUUUGUUCUCGAGUUAGAUGUGCAGGGUUUUCUACCGUACCUUGCGCGCUUUUAAUAAUGAUUUUGGACGCUAAAAAACGUGUAAAUUUGUAUUUAUGACGUGACUACUUUAAAAUUGUUAUUUUUAUAUCCAAAAGUCCUUGAAUUUCAUGAAAAUCCUGGCUCAACUGGUUAGAGAUGAAUCUACUGAUCAGAAGGUCGCAGGUUCGAUCCCGCUAGUGAACAAUUUUGUAAAUUUUUAUUGUUUCUAGGGUAGUUUUUCAUGGGGAGUCUAAAAAUGUAGGUUUAACAGUCUAAAAUCUGAUUUUCAAGCUUCAAAACCUGAAAAUUCGUGAUCUACACAAAAAAUUAGGCCUAGAGUUCAGAAAUUUAAAAAAAAAAUUUCAAAAAACUUUAUUUUUUUCCACAAAAAAAUGAAAAAUUGAAAAAAAUAUAGUUUUUUUUCAAAUUUUCUGGAAAAAAUGAAAAAAAUGCUAAAAAAUUAAGAAUUUCGGCCUGAUUUUGGACAAAAUCAAUUUUUUUUGUUAAUUUUUCCAAAUUUUUGCAGAUCGAGCAUCAUUUGUUCCCCACAAUGCCACGUCACAAUCUGAAUACGGUAAUGCCGAUGGUCAAAGAAUUUUGCCGCGAAAACGAUUUGCCCUACAUGGUUGACGACUAUUUCACGGGAUAUCAAAAAGAAUUGCAUCAAUUUGAGAAUAUUGCAAAAAUUGCCAAUAAACUCACCUAUAAAAUUAUGUGA